UUAAUGCAGUCGCUGAGCGAAACAAAAAUAGAAGUUUAUUAAAUAAGCUGAGCGGAGAGAAUGAAAAUCAGUAUUUUGGGAGUUGCCGUUGUGUACACACGUGCCUUAAAAAUGAAUGUGUUUAUACUCAUAAGCUUCAUUGCCACCAUCAUUUAUUUGGCUAAUAAAUAUUUUUUGUCAUAUUGGUCAAGAAGAAAUGUUUAUCAAGUGGAACCGGCAUUUUUAGUCGGAAAUAUAGGAAAAUUACUGACAGUUAAGGCACAUAUGGCUGAUAUUUUUAGUGACAUUUACUUCAAGCAUAAGAAUAAAAAGUUUCUAGGAGCAUAUUUGUCAUACAAGCCAUUAUUAGUUGUCAACGACCCCGUCUUGUACCAAGAUGUCAUGAUCAGAGACUUUACAAUAUUCCAUGAUCGUCCAACACCUGGUGAAUUAGCUGAAACUCAUCCACUUGUUGGAAAUUUGGUUAAUCUUAGAGGUCAAAAAUGGAAGAAUAUUAGAACUAAAUUAUCGCCCACAUUCACUUCUGGCAAGCUCAAAGCUAUGUUUCCAAUUAUGAGAGACUGCUGUAUUGUUCUACAAGACUAUAUGGAGACCAAUAUUAAGAAUGAAAAUACAGUCUUUGACUUAAAAGAUUUAUUGGCAAGAAUGACAAUCAAUAUCAUCUCAUCUGUUGGAUUUGGAGUUGAGAAUGACUGCAUUAAUGAACCUGAUAAUGAUUUCCGUAAAAUGGGAUUGAAGCUGUUUGAGCCAAGCUUAAGAAAUGGACUAGUCAAUGCUAUGGUGUUCUUUACGCCAGAUUUAAUUACAAAAUUCAAGAUUAAUCCAUUCCCAACAGAUGUAACAGAAUUUAUGUUCUCAGUCGUCAAUCAGACUGUCGAGUACCGCGAAAAGAACAAUUAUCAUCGCAAUGACUUUAUGCAGCUAUUAAUAGAACUUAAAAAUAAAGGUUACGUAACUGCCGACAAGAAUGAUGAACAUGAAAUUGAGUGGAAGAUGGAAAAUAAAGACACAAAGUUCACAAUGGAUGAAUUAACUGCACAGGCUUUCGUAUUUUUCGGUGCUGGUUUUGAGACUUCAAGUUCAACAAUGUCAUUCUGUAUGUUUGAAUUAGCCAGGAAUAAGGAUAUUCAACAGAAAGUGCAAGAAGAAAUUGAUAGAGUCAUGAAAGCUGCUGGACCUAAUGGACUUACUUAUGACCUUAUUUCCGAAAUGAAAUACCUCGACUGCUGUAUCGAUGAGACUCUAAGAAAAUAUCCAAUUAUACCAGUGAUUAUGAGACUUUCUACAAAGGAUUAUAAAUUUACAGGCUCAGAUGUUGUUAUUGAGAAGAACACUCCAGUCUUUAUUCCAAUAAUAGGCAUGCAACGUGAUCCAGAAAUUUAUGAAAAUCCAAUGCAAUUUAAACCUGAAAGAUUCUUGAAUUCAUCAACUGGAAAUCCAAAUAUUAGUGCUGGAAUCGUUUAUACUCCAUUUGGAGAUGGACCUAGGAACUGCAUCGGAGGUCGUCUUGGAAAGCUUCAAACUAAACUUGGACUUGCCAUGAUUCUUCAGAAAUUCAACUUUGAGCUAAGUGAUAAAUCUUUAGAGUAUGGUGAACUGACAUUCCAUCCAAAUUCCUUCGUGUUAUCGCCUAUGCAGUCAUUAAUGUACAAGGUUUCAGCGAGGAACUAAAUGGUGGAUGAUUAUUUACCGGUUAAUACCGCAGUAUGAUAAUAAAGAAGGAACGCCACUAUAAUUGGCUAGUACAAGCAACAUGCUGGUUCCUAGAAUGAUGUUAUGGAACUCUGAACAUUUAUAUAUUUUGAAAACAUUGACAUCUUAUGUAA